AUGGAGGAAGGCAAAGAACAGCCGCCCCGACACAAGCCUCUGGGCAUCGUGCUGAUCGUGUUCGCCUGGUUCACCUAUGUCAUCAGGCUGACUAUCGGCUAUUUUAGACAGUUUGACGUUAUUAAGGGUUUUGUGAAACAAUACGCCGCGCAGAGAAAGGCUAAACAAUUCGCCUACGUGUUCAGACUGGUGUUCAGCUGGCUCAGGCAAUCAGCCGCUACAUGUUCGCAACUUCAGUGCAUUGACAAUUACAACGAUACUGUAUUAUGUUUCUCUACAGGUCUGUUCUCGAGCACCGUUGGCAACACCUCCCGCUUCUUUCCGAACGAGAUCGUGCCGGCUCCGUGGGUCUUCGACAUCUGGUUGGUCAUCUACGGCUGGGGCUUCCUCUGGCUCAUCUACGUCACGGUCUGCGUCUGUCGUAAAAACUCCCGCGGCUACUUCUACGUCACUCCCGAGCUCUUUCCUCCCAUCUUUUACGUCACCUGGUACGUCAAUAACUUCUUCAUCCUCUCCUGGACCUUCCUCAAUGACUCGCUCCAACGUGUAGGCGCUACCAUGCUCCUCGCUCUCAUCGCUUUCUCUCUCUACUACAUGCUGUACAUCUCCUACCGUCGUGUGGAUCAGAACGGGCCCUGGCUGACCGAGAACGCACCGGUAGACCUCUGGCUCAUUCGCGCUCUCGUUCACAACGGGCUGGCCAUCUACGGUACCUGGGUCACCAUCGCUACCCUUGUAGGUUUCAGUAAUGUCCUUACCUAUGAGAGUGGCUACGACAACGAGGAUGUGUCCACGGGCAUGCUGGGCUUACUGCUAGCAAUCAUCCUCGUCUGGUUUGUCCUGGAGAACUUCGUCUUCGAGCGGUACUGCCGAUACACCCUGGUGCCAUUUGUGGUGGUGGUCGUCGCGCUUUCGGGCCUUAUUGACAAGUACAUCCGAUUCACCGGCAGCUUGGAGAAGAGGAACGCCAUCUUCGCGUGCGUGAUGCUAGGCGUAUCCUCCUUGGUGUUGGUGGUUCGCUUCUCAUUGGUGCUCUGGCGUCACGUGACGCAGCCGCUGUACGUCAACACCGUCAAGACGACGUCGGUGAAGAAGUCGGAACUGAACGGAGGGUUCACAACAGAGCUUUGAAUCUUGUGAUCUUGUUGGACUAUAGACGUAAUGAAACGUUAAUCAUUGUGCUUCUAGGAAGCUAUAUAGACAGCCAUAGAU